UAUACGCUUCCUCCAGCCCAUCAUGGUCGCCUCGACUUCCGCCUCGACAUCAGCCUCGUUCGAAGCCUUUGUCAAGCAGACGCGCGAGAAGAAGAAGAACGAGGCGCUCGCGCAGCAGUUCCUAGGCGGAGCCAGCCGAGGCCGGAAAUCCAAUGGCGGCGGAGCCAGCGCAAAGGCGGCGCGCGUCGAGUCUGAGAAGCCGUCGCUGCUCAGCCGCAUCAACGGCGGCGCAGGCGUGCAAAAGCGGUCUGCCAGCGCCAAACCAGCCGGCAGCAUCGACGGCAAAUGGCAGCACGAUCUGCACAAGCUGAACAAUCCCCGCGGCGCACCAAAUACCAGGAGCGCAAUGGCCCGCACCGCGUCGGCAUCCCAGGUCGAGCGCAACACGAGGACCUUUGACAAGUUCGCUUCAUCCAUUGCCCGCGGCGCGGCCACACGCACCAACGACGCACCGGGCUUCAGCAUCCGCGGCGUCGCCAACGGAGGGCCAUGCACCGUUAUCGCCAGCAACUUUGCGCCGGGCACUACCGCCGCGGAUAUCGAGGCUGUCAUGAGCCCGAUUGGAGGCGAGACACUGGGCUGCAAGCUGCUGUCUGCGAGUCCCACGGUCAUGGUCGAGCUGCAGUUUACCAGCAGAGAGGGAGCUGAGAAUGUCAUUGCGACGUUUAACAAUCAAAAGGCUGACGGCAGACUACUCUAUGUCUACAUGAAAGACGUGCCUGCAACCACGCAUCUAUCAGCUUCCCGGGCCGCACCACCACCACCGCCAGCCGCAGCCGCCGCUGCCCGUCUCAACCAGCACCAGUCGGUCGACGACAUCAUGGAACUCGACACCACGGCCGCCCGCUCUUCGGGCAGUUUCCAAGACGGACGCUACGGCUUCAACGAGGGCGGUGGUGCCCGUCGAGAUCCUCCCCGGGGCCCGCGUCGCCGCUACUAAAACACACACCAUCUUUUUUCUUCCACUUUUUUUUCCCCCUUCCUCCCCGUAAUUUGUUCCCCAUAUCAUAUAUCUAUAUGUGUGUGUGUGUUUU